CAUGGGGUUUUAUUUAGCAGUAUCAAAAACAGAGAGUUUCUCUGGCCCAACAAGAACAGGAGAAUAUUGAGCUGUGCUGCCUCAGCUCGAAUCCUUGAUGAGGAGGAAAUUCCUGUUCCCACCACUGCACCGGGUUUGCCAGCCAGUUCAGGUGGCACACCUGCUACCAACAAUGCAGCCACUGGUGCUGUAGUGUCCAAUUCAGACCCCCACCAUCCACUUGUUUUCUUCAUGCAUGACAUACUUGGUGGAUCAAACCCCUCGGCUACAGCUGUGACAGGUGUGGUUGCCAACCCUGCAGUGAGUGGUCAAGUCCCCUUUGCUAAGCCUAAUGGUGCAAACAUCCCGGUAAGCAAUGGGAUUCCUCUCGACAACAACAACAAUGGCAUUGUUAACAAUAACAAUGUUCCCUUCCUUACUGGCCUCAGCGGAAACACUGCUAGUGUGGUGGUCCAAAACAAUGGCAAUAACAACAACUUUAUCAAUGGAGGAUUUGGAGUUCCAGUCCUGAAUGGAGGUCAGCUCUCUGCAGGAAGUACCCUUCAAAAGCUCAUGUUUGGAACAUUGACAGUGAUCGAUGAUGAACUAACUGAAGGAUAUGAGCUUGGAUCGGGCUUAGUUGGGAAAGCACAAGGGUUUUACGUUGCAAGUUCUGUAGAUGGGAGCAGCCAGACCAUGGCUUUCACAGCCAUGUUUGAAAGCAGUGGCUAUGCCGACAGCCUCAGCUUCUUGGGAGUCCAUAGAACUGCUGUCUCAGAAUCUCAGCUUGCAAUUAUGGGUGGAACUGGAAAGUAUGUGAAUGCCAAGGGAUAUGCAACUGUUAAGACGUUUCCAGCAAGCAACCAGCAUAAUACAGAUGGAGUUGAGACUCUCCUAGAGAUUUCUGUGUAUCUUGCAUAUUAGUUACCAGUGUGUUAUGAAUUGAAAGUUACUGUUCCUUGUGUGCCAGAAAAGUCUCUGUAUAAGAGAUUUCAAUUUCAGAUAUUUUUGUUUGUGAAAUUGUUAUAAUUUUAAUACAGAAGUUUCUCAUUAUAAGA